UUAGUUGAACUUGAGCUUAUGAAACGUUAAGUAUAGAAAAUCAUUUCAAAUAUAUUAAAAAAAAUUGCAAUUUUUAAGGCAGAAAAAAAGUAUAAAAUUACAAUUUAAAAAUUUUAAAAAAUUUCUGUGUGCGUUUAAGAAAAAAUGUUUAAAAUAUUAUUAAUUUUAUUUAAUAUUUAUGUGAUAUUUGCUUAUCCUUCGACAACAUAUUCACGUGAUCAUUACAAUGCCAAAUGCACCGAUCCCGAAACAAAUCGAGAAUUAUAUAUUGGGGAAGUUUUCACCCGUCCCGGUCAAUGCAUACGUGUACAAUGCUCGGGUUCUCUGAAAUUAUGGGAAGAUAGUUGUCAAGUUCCCCAAUUGGAGGGUGAUUGUUAUCGUUUGCCCGCCGCCAAUGAGUUUCUCGAUUUCCCUCGCUGUUGUCCCAAUUACGAGUGUAAAUCGUCUAAAUCCGAUGAUAAAAGUACUACCGAUGAGACACGUCUUUAUAAUCAUAUGGGCCGUUUGCUACGUGAGCAUAUCACCCAAAGGGUUAAGGUGAUGAUACAUGCACCGCCAUCAACCACAACUUUUAAUUAUACGGAGGGCGGGAGAACUGCAAUAACGACGAGGACUGGUGGAGAUCAGAAAGAGUAUAAAAUCAAUAAUUAUAGUUAGAGAAAAAAAUAUAUUUUUUUUCAUUUUUCUUGAAGGGCUUACAAAUUGUGUUAGUUGGCCAAAAAGAAGAAGGAUUUUGUGAAGACCUGUUGCUUAGACGUUAAAUAAUUUAAUAAAAUUUAUUUAAAUUUCUUUAAAAAAUUGA